GUAAAUCCCCACAUACACACGAAACAAAAACAACUAUUGAACCGUUUGCUUUUACAGUUUUCCCUCUUAAAAAAACAAACCUAAAAAACCACAAGGUAGAUCAAUGACUAAGCGGAAUCAUGGCGACGGCGAGAAACGUUCCUCGGUACCGGCGGAUGAUCUCCGUUGCCAUAGAUCAGAUGGAAAGAAAUGGAGAUGCAAAGGUUUUAAGGUUGAAGGUAAAUCCAUGUGUGAGCAGCAUUUACACCGUGCAUCCGCUAGUGUUUCUGUCGUCAAGAGAGUAGAAAAACGGCGAAAAAGAUACGUUGCGAGAAGCGAUACGAGUGAUUCUGAUGAUUUAAGUGAACCAGAGGACGAUAAGCCUGUUCCUGUUAGUUUAGGUGAUCCGAGGGAAGUAGUAGAGGGUGAGGGUGACAAAAAGAAAAAGCGUGGCAAUGAGGAGAAACCUUGUUCUAAAUGGAUCAAAUCUCCUGAAAAGUCUUUUUCGAAGGGAAUAAAAAUGGUUUCACAAGAGGAUGGGGAGAGGAGGGUUAGUAGAGUGGUGAAGAAAGGGGUUGAAUGUGACCAAAAUGAUUGCACAAAUCCAAAGGACAAGAAGAAGCCUGAUCCAAGGAGAAAGCAUUUCAGUACUGAUGACCCAUAUGAUGAUUGCCAGAUGUGCCAUCAGUGCAUGAAAAGUGAUAGAAAGGUUGCGAGGUGUGGAAAAAGAUGCGGUAAACGCUAUUGCAGCCCAUGUAUUAAAAGAUGGUACCCUCAUCUGUCAGAGGAAGCAAUUGCCGAGGAAUGCCCCGUUUGUCGUGGGAACUGCAAUUGCAAAGAUUGUUUACGCAAAAACAUUAUUCCUAAGGAAGCAAAAUAUUUAGGAAUACCACAGGAAAACAAUGAAAGAAUUAAUUGCUUGAAGUAUCUUGUGGAUGCACUUUACCCAUUUUUGAAAACUUUUAUCCAUGAUCAGACUAUGGAAAAGGAGAUGGAGACAUCAAUUAGAGGUUCGUCACUGAAACGGCUAAGAAUACCAAGUGCCUUCCUUUAUAAGGAUGAGCGUGUUUAUUGCAACAACUGCAAUACCUCCAUUGUUGAUCUUCAUAGAAAUUGUACAACUUGUUCUUAUGAUCUCUGUCUGACCUGCUGUCAGGAAAUUCGAGAAGGCUGUUUUCUAAGAGAUGAAGACAGAAGGCUCCCUGAAUGGAAAGCAAAAGAAACUGGUGAAAUACCUUGCCCACCAAAGGAAAGAGGUGGCUGUGGAAAUAACCGCCUGGAGCUUAAGUGUCUCAUUGAUGAAAAGCAGGUUGAACAGAUAAUGAGGGAAGUUGAAAACUUAGUCAAAGCAAAUUCAUCUGCCAGUGAGGCCCACUCCACUGAAGAACAGUGUACCUGUAACUCUAAUAAUAGAAGAAAAGCAGCUUCCAGAUCAGAUUCUGAUGACAAUUAUUUGUUCUGCCCUUCAAGUGACAUACAGGAAGGGCACCUGGAGCACUUCCAGAAACAUUGGAGAAUGGGAGAACCUGUUAUUGUAAGCAACGUUCUUGAAUUAACAUCUGGAUUAAGCUGGGAACCAAUGGUGAUGUGGCGUGCCUUCCGUAAUAUAGCAAUCAAGAAGGGCUCAUCAGAUUUGAUGGUGACAGCAGUUGAUUGUUGUGAUUGGUGUGAGGUGGAUAUAAAUAUUCGUCAAUUUUUUAGGGGUUAUGUUGAAGGUCGAGCACACCCAGAUUCGUGGCCCGAAAUGCUUAAGCUUAAGGACUGGCCCCCAUCUACAGAAUUCGAGAAGCGGUUGCCACGCCAUGGAGCAGAAUUCAUUAGAGCCUUGCCGUACAAAGAAUACACACAUCCCCUUUCUGGUAUUCUUAAUGUUGCUUCCAAACUUCCAGAUGGUAUACUGAAGCCAGAUCUGGGUCCAAAAACAUAUAUAGCAUAUGGAUUUGCUCAAGAACUUGGACAUGGAGAUUCCGUUACAAAGCUUCAUUGUGAUAUGUCUGAUGCGGUGAAUAUUUUAAUGCAUACUGCUGAUGUUACUAUUACUAAGUGGCAGCUUUCAAAAAUUGAUGAGCUGAAGAAAAAGAAAGCUUCUGCUUCAGAUGAUCAAAAAGAACUAAAUAAUACUGAUACAGAUGAUCAUCUAGUUCGUAAGAAUGAUUUUGCAUCUGCAAAACAAGAAAAAGCCAGUGAUGUUUUUUCCUCUGACGAGAAUGUGCAAUUGGAGGGCAGUUUAUCUUCUGAUCAGGUGGUUGAUCUUGAAAACAAGUUUGAUGGACCAGAGGAAGAAAAUGGUGGUGCAGUCUGGGAUAUCUUUAGGAGACAGGAUGUUCCCAAGCUCGAGGAUUAUCUUAAAGAGCAUCAGAAGGAAUUCAAGCAUACACUUGGUUCUCCGGUGGACCAGGUUGUUCACCCAAUUCAUGAUCAAGUUUUCUACUUAACCACGUAUCACAAGGAGAAACUCAAGCAAGAUUUUGGCAUUGAACCUUGGACGUUUGUGCAAAAACUUGGAGAAGCAGUUCUCAUUCCUGCUGGGUGUCCCCAUCAAGUUAGAAAUCUGAAGUCUUGUAUAAAGGUUGCUCUCGAUUUUGUUUCACCUGAAAAUGUGGGCGAGUGCAUUCGCUUGACCAAGGAAUUUCGUAUGCUUCCCCAAAAACACAGGGCUAAAGAGGACAAGUUGGAGGUGAAGAAGAUGGCUUUAUAUGCACUGGAGAGGGCUGUAGCUGAUCUAAAGGAGCUUGAAUGUAAUGACAGAGCCCAGGUGCAGCAACCACAUUCAAGUAGUGAGCACAAUCCUGUUCAAACUAAAGAGGUGGUGGAGUAGUUCCAUUCUGUUGCUGUAAUAUACAUAUGCUUGUGUAAAAAGAGUGCCGCAAAUGACUCUUUUGUAUCAUCUAAUCUCUACUGUCAUCAGCCAAAACUUUUGCAUGUACAUUAUCCCUGAUUCAUCUUACAGCUCCAACUUAGGAGAAGCCACACCUACAGUAAUAUGAAAUGAUUUUUGAUUUUUUGAAACAUUUGUGGACCUUUUGAAUUCACUGAUGUUUUGCCUUAACCCUCAUUUUGUACACAAGACUAUGUUCUACAC